AUGUCUGACUCAGAGAGUCUUCUGUUGGGGCUAGUCAUAUAUUCGGCAGUGAAGCCCAUAUUCAAAAUUUAUUUCAUCAUUGCAAUCGGGUUCAUCCUUGCCAAACGAAAUAUCCUCAGUGUCACUACAUGCCGUGACAUAUCCGACACAAUAGUCACGGCCAUUAUGCCGUGUUUGAUCUUCAACAAUAUGGUGAGCUACUUAAAAUCGUCGGAUAUCAAAAACAUCGGUAUAAUCUUGUUCACUUCGUGUUUGUUGUUUACUGUGGGUGGAUUUCUGGCAUAUGGCAUACAUUUAGUAACAAAAUCUCCAAAGAGGUGGUUAGGAGGGCUAAUAUCAGUGGGUAUAUUUCCAAAUAUUAGUGAUCUACCCAUUGCUUACUUGCAAACUUUUGCAAAGGGUGGGACGAUUUUCACUUCAGAAGAGGGAAAUAAAGGUGUGGCAUACGUUUGUAUCUUUUUAAUGGGUAUGACAUUGCUUCAGUUUUGUUUUGGCUUAUUCCGGUUGAUACAAUGGGACUUUAGAGAUGAACUAAAGGGAGAAGACGACUUGGAAAGAAGCUCAAGCGGAGCAACAAACUUGACCAAGAAACUGAGUAGCGAGAGGGACGAUACGGAGGAGAAGUCAACACAAACGACAAGUAACGAUGCGAGAGAUGCAAUCAGGGCUACUGCACACUCGCGAAAUGAAACAGCAGAUGACGAAGUUGUCGACUCGUCUUCAGAUUCUAUCUACAGCGAACUGAGCGAAGAGAAACGUCACAAGGAAGCAGAUGCAUUGGAUGAAGAGCGUCAGCAUAAAGAAUUUUUGCAAGCGCAAUCUAGGCGACAAGAAGAACAGUCAAUCUCAGGAUCCAUGUCACUUAGUCGAAGGCAAUCAAGUAGGCGAAGAGGUUCAGACAGCUCAGCCACCACGAGUGGGCCACUUGAUUUGGUGCCCCCCAGAUCAAAUGAUUUGAGAAGACAACAAUCACAGAAUGUUGAGGAUGUGAUCAAUGAAUACUCUGAGUUUGAUACAUUGAAGAACAAUGAGUUGCAAAAGUCUCUUUCAAAACAAGAGCACGAAGGCGAACCGCAACAAGAUCUGAUUGAGACUGAAGAGUCAAAAUUCAAGUCCUUUGUCAAAAAGAUGUUGCAAAAUUUGCGUGCCCCUACUUCAAUAUCAUUGCUCGCAUCUAUUGCUAUCUGUAUGUCACCACCAUUGAAAGCGUUAUUUGUGACGAGCACUUUUAGCAAACACAUACCGAAUGCACCCGACGAGCAGCCACCUCUAUCAUUUCUUAUAGACUUGGCCAGCUACGUAGGUAAUGCAUCUGUUCCAUUGGGAUUGCUAUUGUUAGGUGCCACUCUUGCUCGAUUGCAGGUGAAGAAAAUGCCGCCGGGGUUUUGGAAGACCGCAUUAAUGAUAACUUUUACAAGAUUGGUGAUCCUUCCCAUAUUUGGAGUUGGAGUUACAACCGGAUUCAACAAUGGUGGCUGGUAUGCCGGCGAUAAGCUAGUUCGUUUUGUUAGUGUGUUGGAAUUUGGACUACCCAAUGCCACCUCAUUAGUUUACUUUACUGCAUUCUACACCGAUCCAACCAGCGAUGAACAUUUACAGAUGGAUUGCUUAGCAAUCUGUUUAAUUACGCAAUAUCUAGUUCUAUGGUUUUCAUUGCCAUUUUUGAUCACUUUCACGUUAAAAGUUUCAAUGGUUAGAAGAACAGUCUUGACAACAGUUUCCGCGCCGUUUAGAAACGAGCAAUUCCAAAUUGCAUUAAAGUGUGUAUUGGGGUUUGUGUUUGUCUUGUUUGUUGAUUCAGUAAACCGUGUUUAUGCCGUCACUUCUGAGUUAACUUCAGCAACCCAAGCUCACCCAGGCACUUCAAUCAUGAAUGACAGAUCAGAGAUCCAAGCUAGAAGAUUCUAUGCACAAAGAAACAUGUACCUUUGUGGAUUCACUUUGUUUUUAACUUUGAUCUUGACGAGAACAUAUAACUUGGUAGUGGAAUUGAUUGCUACCAAGGACAAGGUUGAUGCUUUACAAGAAAACAAUGUUGAAGCUGGAUCCACCACCGCUGGAGAUAGCGAAGAAUUGGUCAAGUUGAAGGCAGAAUUAGCUGAGAAGGAUAAGACCUUGGAAACUUUAAAGAGCCAAGCUAGCACCUUGAGUAAGGAUUACGAAGGUGAAUCCGAGUUGAAACAGAGAGUUUAG